AUGUCUCUAACAGUAGAAUCCUUGAAGGAAAUAAUAGAAGACAGAAUCGAAACCACUUUGGUGCAGGUAGAGGAUAUGUCCGGUGGGUGUGGACAAGCAUUUGCUGUCAUUAUAGUUUCGCCAUUAUUUAAGGGUAAGAACAAAUUGAUGAGGCAUAGAUUGGUUAAUAGUAGUUUAAAGGAAGAGAUUGCAUCCAUACAUGCUUUCACCCAAAAAGGAUUUACUCCUGAGGAAUGGGAGGCACAGGGAGGAAAAUAA